CGCAGCGCGGGAGGGAGCCCCACGCACAAAAUGGCGAAUAAAGAGAUGUUCGAGGACACGGUGGAGGAGCGUGUCAUCAACGAAGAGUACAAAAUCUGGAAGAAGAACACCCCUUUCCUGUAUGACCUGGUGAUGACCCACGCCCUCGAGUGGCCCAGCCUCACUGUGCAGUGGCUGCCUGAUGUAACGAGGCCUGAAGGAAAGGAUUAUGCCCUUCAUUGGCUAGUGUUGGGAACACAUACCUCUGAUGAGCAGAACCAUUUGGUUGUUGCAAGGGUCCAGAUUCCUAAUGAUGAUGCUCAGUUUGAUGCUUCUCACUAUGAUAGUGAGAAGGGAGAAUUUGGCGGCUUUGGAUCUGUAACUGGUAAAAUUGAAACUGAAAUUAAAAUUAACCAUGAAGGUGAAGUAAAUCGUGCUCGCUACAUGCCCCAGAACCCCUGCAUCAUCGCUACAAAAACUCCUUCCUCUGAUGUGCUGGUUUUUGAUUACACCAAACAUCCAUCUAAACCAGACCCAAGUGGAGAAUGUAAUCCUGACCUUAGGCUAAGAGGACAUCAAAAAGAAGGUUAUGGUUUAUCAUGGAAUUCCAAUUUGAGUGGACACCUUCUCAGUGCAUCUGAUGAUCAUACUGUUUGUCUGUGGGAUAUAAGUGCAGGACCAAAGGAAGGCAAAGUUGUUGAUGCUAAAGCAAUCUUUACUGGACAUUCUGCAGUAGUAGAAGAUGUGGCAUGGCAUCUGCUUCAUGAAUCUUUAUUUGGAUCAGUUGCUGAUGAUCAGAAGCUUAUGAUUUGGGACACGAGGUCCAAUACUACAUCCAAGCCAAGUCAUUCUGUAGAUGCCCAUACAGCUGAGGUCAACUGCCUGUCCUUCAAUCCCUACAGCGAGUUCAUUCUAGCAACUGGUUCUGCUGACAAGACUGUGGCUUUGUGGGAUCUACGAAACCUUAAAUUAAAACUUCAUUCUUUUGAGUCUCAUAAGGAUGAAAUCUUUCAGGUUCACUGGUCUCCUCAUAAUGAAACAAUUCUUGCUUCAAGUGGGACUGAUCGUCGGCUAAAUGUAUGGGAUCUAAGUAAAAUUGGAGAAGAGCAAUCUGCAGAGGAUGCAGAAGAUGGGCCUCCUGAACUUUUGUUUAUUCAUGGAGGACACACUGCAAAGAUUUCAGAUUUUAGUUGGAACCCUAACGAACCCUGGGUAAUCUGCUCUGUAUCUGAGGACAACAUAAUGCAAAUAUGGCAAAUGGCUGAAAACAUUUACAAUGAUGAAGAACCAGAUAUAGCAGCAUCAGAACUGGAGGGUCAAGGAACAUAACUUUCUCCUUAGGAAAAGGAAGACAAGAAUGUUGGGUGUUUGUGAAGUGGCUGACAUUCAUAUAAAUUAUGUUAUUGUUUGUUUUUUUUGACUACUAUAUACAUUCAAAAUAUUCUCAGUUGAAUGUAAUGCUUAUACCAAUGCUUGAUUUUUAUCGAGCACAAAGCUUGUAUAGUUGAAUUUAAUGGGAUAUCCCUGAUUUUUUUUUUUUUUUUUUUUUUGGCACCUUGAAGUGAGCUAUAGCAAACUGUACAGCAUUUAGGUAUUGGGGAAAAUAAGUGACUGAAUACCAAUGUCUAUUUUUAAAACAAGCUUGCAGAUUCCUGUAAAUGAUUAGACAACUCAAAAUCCUCACUUUUCCUAGACUAAAUGCAUAAAUGUUUUUAUCAUAUGUAAAAUGAGCUUUUCACUUUUACAGAACACUUCCUGUUUGGCUUUGCAUAAAUAAACUUUUUUGAAGAAAAUGUUUGGUGUAUUAACUGAAGAAGAAAAUCUAACUAUUGCCUAGUGGCAGUGCUCUCCAAAGAAUAGGGUGGGUACCUUUCCAUGUUUGUCUGCAUAGAUGUAGAAAGUUGUGUGGAGGGGCAUGUGAGUUACCUGCUGCCUGAUGCUAAAGCUUAAUACUUAAACAGCUGUCCCCAUUGUUCCCUCUCUUAGUAUUUCUAAUGAUAUUUAGCUGUAGGGCUAAAGUAUAAAUGAGGUCUGGAUGGAGAGACAGAUUAUGAUCUCAGAGGCACUUUAAUGAAAGUCAAAACAAGUUACCUGUAGAUAUCUUCUUGGGAAAAGACACUUUUCUUGUACUUGAACUUUAUAAAGGACAUCUUGCUCUGUGGCUAGAUGGUCAACUUUCAAAUCCUUGUAAGUCUUCAGCAAUGCUGUCCAUGAGGUUACUUUAAACCCAAAAUCUUCCAAUUAAAAUCAAUUGGUGUUUAGGUAUCAUGGGAGAGGCCCCAUACAAAUAUUAUAAACUGCUGUGUAGGAAGACCUCAUUAUUAUAAUAAUAUUCAUAUACUUGUGGCCAUAGUGCAUGCUAUAUUAUCUAGCUAGUCAAAUAUAUUUUUGUAGCAUCCUCACUGUGUGGAGUGAAAUACAAAAAUAGACCUAGGAAAGGAGAGCAGAUGUUUCACUCAGUAUGUAUCUGAAAUGGCAUCUAACUGUUGGAGUAAACCAUGUAUUUUAGCUAACUAAAUUGGAUACAUCUAGACAACACUUCUAUUGAAUUUGGAUGCAUCAGCCUUUGAGGCAAGUGUCUCCGUAGCUGUAGAGGAGUUACAUAUUCUAGUCCUGUCUCUUAAAUUAGAGUUAUCUGCAAGCUCUUUAAUUUCACUGUUUUAAUAGGGAAAAUAUACCUAUCCUCAAUACAUGUAUGAGUCCCUGUGAAGAUAAAGGAUCUCUGCUUUGGGGUGGGCCCAUACCACACACAAGAAUGACCAUACUGGGUCAGACUAAUGGUCCAUCUAGACCAGCGUCCUGUCUUCUGAUAGUGGCCAAUACCAGAUGCUUCAGAGGGAAUGAACAGAAUAGGGCAAUUGAGUGAUUCAUCCCGUCACCCAGUCCCAAUAUCUGGCAGUCAGUUGCAUCCCUGACCACCUUGGCCAAUAGCCUUGAUGGCCCUAUCCUCCAUGAACUUACCUAAUUAUUUUUUUAACCCAGUUAUGCUUUUGGCCUUCACAACAUCCCUGGGCAAUGAAUUCCAUAGGUUGACUGCACUAUGUGAAGAAGUACUUCCUUUUGUUUGUUUUAAACCUGCUGCAUGUUAAUUUCAUU